AUUAGCUCUAUGGUCAGCUGGUAGAAACACUGGCUGCAUUCUCAGGUUCCCCCGAUGGCACACGACUGCCUGAGAAGGCCGUGGAAAGCAGCGGGGGAGGGGGGGCAUCAUCUCCGGCUGCUUGUAAAAGCAAUCCUGCAGCUAAUUAGCCACUAGGAUUGCUUUUACAUGAAAGCCGGUCACUGGCUGAAAAAAAUGAAAGCCGACUGCCAGCUGAAAAAAAAGCUGCAGGCAUCAUCCCAGUAUAACCACUCAAAAUCCAGCAACAUAUCAGUAUAUUGCUGGUCCAUGUUGGACAUAUAUGUAACAGCAGAGAACAUGGGCAUAAUA